UGCGGAAUUGACGUUAUACACGUGUAGCAUGAUGGUUGCUAGCAGCAGCUGAGAGAAGCUACAUAAAAUAUUAUUUGUGUUAUCAGGUUGUUAAUUGCAAUUUUGCAUGUUUAUUAAAAAGUCCUUCCCUAAACGUGAAAUCACUCAAAUUCUGGGGAGCCAUGGUGACAAAGAAGAAAACGGUGAAAGUGGAGGCUGUGGUAUUGGACAAGGACAGGCGUGACAAGUUGAUAGUGUCUCUCUCUGUGGAUGGAGGAGAUGAGUGGAUCAGACAGCUUGCCCAGACCUUGCAGGACUGUCUGGCGUUGACUGACCCAAUGCAGCAGAUCCAACUGGUCAAGAAGGCAGGAUCUCAGUUGGAGCUGCUGAGUGAGGAGGAAACUUCCCGUGGGCCUCUCCUCCAGGCCUGUCUGCACACCAUGGCCCUCAUCUACACCUCCCUGCUGGCUAAGAACCCCCUCCGUAGGGCCAGCGCCAGUGCCCUGAGCUCUGUACCGGACUGGCUGCAGGAGCAGACUGUCAUCUGUCUGUCCGCGUGCCUGUCGGACAGUCUGUCCACUGUGGGCUCAGACCACAGCUCAUACUCGCACCUAAUAGACUCUAUCACAGCUUGUCUAGAUGCCUUCCCUCUCGGUGAGAGGUGUAUACACAGGCUGCUAGCAGAGGUGUUACCGUUCCUCCAUAAGGCCUUGAGUGAAUACCUCCAACUCAACAGUGGUCUAGCAGGUCGCCAUGUGGUCCAGGCCCAGCUCAUGCACUCGUGUCUGGCUGCGGUGAAGGCCUCCAUGCUGGUGGUGCAGAGGUCCCAGGAGCUCAUCAGCGCCGCCCUACAGGCAGUUCAUCCUCACUGCACCCUGCAGCUCACCCUCAGUGGCCUACUGGACUGCUACACACACAUCCUCACAGAUGAGAACUUCCUGCAGGCGGUGCAGAGCACGGCUGGCAUGGCAGUGGUCCUGCUGACCCGGUCUGUCAUGGGGAGUGGAGAUAGAGUGGCUGCAGUGGUGGCAGGUCUCCUGCAAGGUUCAGAGCAGAGUGGUGAGUGCGCCCCCGUGUGGCUGACACAGAGCUGUGCGGGGCUGUAUGACAGUGGCCGUCCCGCGGGUGUGUCCCUCUACCUCUGUCAUGGGGCCCUGGCUAUGCUAAACUGGAGAGGGGCAACCCAGGGGCCACAGAGGGAACAGCUGCUGCUGCUGGUUCCUCACACACUGCUGGCGCUGGACACCAGUGUAAAGGAGUCCAGCACAGCCAUGGUGGUAGCCCGCGUGCUGACCCUGUGGAGCGGAGCCGCCUUGGAAAGCCUGCAGGGUGGGCUGUCGUCUCCCCCAGGCCUGCUUCACGACUCCCUCCGCGGGGGCUCAGAGCUCCAGGGGCACCUGCUAGAGCACGUCUACACCCACUGGGAGCACCCCUUGGAUGGGGUCCGCCACCAGACCCGCGCCCUCUUCAAGAACCUCCUCCUCCUGCACCAGCACAGCAGCCCUCUAGCCUUUUCUGACCCCUACAGGGACCCAUACUUUACCCAGCUAACCCACAACCUGCUGGGCCUGGAGUGGCACCAGAGAGGGAAGUAUGGCUCUCUGGCCUGCCUGGUGGAGCUCCUAGGGGCAGGGUACCUGUUGGCUCUGGACCCCCAGCUGCCCUCACGUCUCCUGGGCUUGAUGGGGGACCAGACCCUGGCACCUUACGCUAGCGACCUGCUAGAGAGGCUGUUUGUCAGUCACAAGGCCCAGCUGGUUGAGGAAGGUGGCACAGGGGGCACAGAGGCGGGCAUGGAGAGGUGGCACCAGACCUGGGUGACCCCAUUGCUUCAGGUGCUGUGUAGAGCCAGGCUGGACCAGACCACCUAUAUCCUGGAUUAUUUCCUUCCCAAGCUGCUGCGCUGUUCCCCCUCCAGUCUGGCCCACAUGGUACAGGCCCUACAGGUCACCCCACCCUGCAGUGCAGGACCUCCGGGCAGUAGGGGUGCUUUGGGUGCUCUGAUGACGUGUCUGCGUGCAGCACGUGCUCAGGGGGUGGUCCAGUCAGAGGAGGGGCUGUGGGGUGGACUUGUACCCCUCUUUCUGCUCCGUCAGGCUCUUGUUCACAAACACGACCAGGUGCGAAUGGACGCUCUUGGGUUAUUGUGCGAGAGUCAUCGUCGCACAGAGGUUCUGACCUCGCAGGAAAUGGAGCUGCUUCAUCACUUCCUGCCCUCCAGUCUAAACAGCCAAUCGCCAGGAGUCAGGCAGCUGACUGUCAGCCUGCUCAAAAAGCUGCUGUGCAGAGUGAAGGAUAGUGGUCAGUCACUGCAGAAGAGGCUGGUCCAGGAGAGAGACCAGGGACAGAAGGACAGAGACCAACACAUCCUGGACACGUACAAGGAGUUCCUGUGCUGGCUGUGUGAGAGCCUGUUCGGUGUGCUUCUCCCCGGGGCCUCCUUCUCCACCUGCCUGACAGCCCUCCACCUGCUGUGCCAGCUGGCCCACCUCUUCACCUUCAACACUGGGUCUGAUGAUGUGUUUGCUCUGGGAGAGGUGGUGACCCCUGCACAAGCGCAGAAUGUCCUCUACUGCGUCGCCAGCAACUUCCUGGAGGUCAAGCAGCUGGCCUCCGCGUUGCUACGGCAACUCCCUCCGUCUGCCGUGGGGCUGCAGGAGCCAGGCAGGAUGCAGACUCUGCUCCAGGCAGCUUUGGACCUCAGCACCAGCACCAAGCCUUUUGACAGUGUCACGGCUGCCCACCUCUUCAACCUGUUCCUUCGCCAGCCUGCCCUGCCCCAGGCCCUGUUGCUCUGUGCCCAGGAGCAGGGACUCUCCUUCCAGCCUCCUGCUCUAACCCAGGCUUUUGAGGCCCUCACCCUGGAGACGAACACUCUGGCAGUGGUGCAGUACUUGUUGCUGUGUCUGAAGGCUGAGGUGGUGAAGGCAGAGUCGUCUCUCCUGCUGGCGGCAGCCUCCUACCCUCUCUACGGCCGAGCCCACUGUAUCACUGCUGCCUUACAGCAACUCAACACCGGGUGUCUGACUCUGACAGGCCAGUGGAGGAAUGUGAUGUCAGAGCUCAUCACAGUGUCCUAUAGGAUGUCUGACGUAGUGUCACCUGUCGUCCAGAGCUCCUCCCCCGAAGGCCUCAUCCCCAUGGAUACCGACUCAGAAACGUCCGCUGGUCUGCAGAGGAUCCUGCAGGAGAUACAGCCUCGCGACACCAACGACUUUUUCACCAGCGUCAGAGAACUGGACACCGAGCCGUCUGGACAGGAGAACGGACCUGCGGCCCCCACAGACAGACCACAGCAUGACAGCACAGGUGGUAGUGGUGAGGGCUACAGGGUGACCGCUCAGAUGGUGUUGGUGUGCUGCUGGAGGAGUAUGAAGGAGGUGUCCAUGGUGCUGGGUCAAGUGUGUCAGAGCCUCCCCUUACAGACCUCCAGCAAACACUCUGACCAGGGGCUCAUCACCGAGGAGCAGGUGGAGGGGGUGGGCCUGUACUUCCGUCAGCAGCUCCUCCAGUCUCGUCACCGAGGGGCCUUUGAGCUGGCCUACGUGGGCUUUGUACGUCUCACCGACAUGCUGCGCAGGAGUGGAAGCAGAACCCUGCAGCAGCUGCCUGGUCGCUGGCUCACGGAGGUCCUACAGGAGGUCAAGUCCAGCGACCCCUCUUCCAAACUGUGUGCCACGCGCCGCAGCGCAGGCAUCCCGUUCUACAUCCAGGCCCUGUUGUCAUCCGAGCCCAAGUCGUCCAGCUGCGGCCUGCUGAAGAUGACCAUGAGAGAGCUGACCGCCCUGGCCAUGCCCUCUCCUGACAGAGCCACUGACCAGACCACUGUCCCUCAGGUUCAUGCUCUCAACAUCCUGAGGGCUCUGUACAGAGACACUCGUCUGGGGGAGAACAUCAUUCCCUUUGUCUCUGAGGGAAUGCAGGCUGCUGUCCUGGGCUUCACCUCCCCCGUCUGGGCUGUGAGGAACUCCUCCACCCUGCUCUUCAGCACUCUGAUCACGAGGAUCUUUGGAGUGAAGAAAGGGAAGGACGAGCACUCCAAAGAGAACAGGAUGACGGGCCGGGAGUUCUUCACUCGUUUCCCGGCGCUCUAUCCCUUCCUCCUGAGCCAGCUGGAGGAGGCUGCAGCGUCGGUGGACAGUGACAGGGGUCAGGUGAUUCUGCACCCCAGCCUGUUCCUGUUGCUGCUGGUGUUGGGGCGUCUCUUCCCCUCGCCCAUGGACGGGUCUUCUUCCCCCCUGGGCCUAGCCCCCUUCAUGCCUUUCAUCAUCAGGUGUGGUCGUUCUGCGGUCUACCGGACCCGUGAGAUGGCCGCCCGGGCCCUGGUCCCGUUCGUCAUGGUAACCCAGGUCCCCUCCACCAUCCAGACUCUACUGGAGGACCUGCCUCUGGAAGCCGGGCCUAGAACCCAGCAGAACCACAUCCACGGAAUCCUGCUCCAGGUGCUGUUCCUGCUGCGCUCCUACCAGACGGAUACACACAGACCCCAGGCGGCAGGAAGUGACAUCAGCCAAGCCCUGCGCCCACGACUGUGGCUCGCCUCCAGGCAGAACCUGUGUUUAGUGACCCGAGCGGUGUUUGUGGACGUGCUGAGGGCCGUGUGUGGACCCCUGGCUGCUCCUGUUGGAGACUCCGAGCUAAAGGAGUUGCGUGAGGAAACGCUGGCACUUCUGAUGGCCUCUGAGCUGGUGACCCCUGGAGGCCCCUCUGCUGUGUGUGGCCCCCCCGGCACCACCCAGUAUCUCCUCAGCCUGGCACGCCUGGCACUCAGCGCCAGCGUGGAGAGCCCACUGCUGUGGGGCAUGGAGGAGGAUGGCAACACAUCGCGAGGACCCCUGCUCCUGGGGUGUCUCCUGCAGUGCCCGCACUACGAAGUCCGUGAACUGGCCCUGGGAGAGGUCCUGAGGAGGCUGGAAAGAGAGAGGGAUGAAGAGAAGGGGGAGGGGGAGAGAAGCUCUCACUGGCCCCAGAAGACCAUCAUCUCAAACCUCACUACCCUGGCCCUGCAUGAGGCCCACCCACAGUCUCUGGCCAAGGUGCUGCAGGUGCUGUCUGUCCUCAGCGUGAACUCUGACCUGCUGUGGAGGGACGGUCUGCGGAAUCUGACCCAGACCGAGGUCCUGGAGCGGGUUCUCACUCUGGCUGAAGGCUUUGCCCACAGUGUGGAGUUGCACUGUGCUUCCCUGACCCUGGCCUCUAGAUUGGUGGUGCACCUAGUACACAGUGACCCUCAGGGUGUGGCUGCAGUAGCGUGUCUGGGGCGCUGGGGGGCGCUGGUGUCUCAGUCCUGCGGUGUGGAGCAAAAUGCAGAGGUCAAGAUGAUGGCUGCAGAGGUACUGGUCAAUGCCACACCCACCUUGUUGACCAGCCCCAACCUACCAUUGGGUGUGUCCCACACAGUGUCUCUGUGGAGAGGUCUGUUCACUCUACUGCAGGACGAGGACCAGGAUGUCCGAGACAGAGCUGCUGACUUCAUCUCCAACCUCCCUACACACCUACUGAACCCAGAUGUGGCCUGUGUCUCGGUGUGCCCACCUGUUGCCCUGGACAUGGGUGUGGGGUUGCUAUGCCAGCUGUUCCAGCUGUGGGGGCAGGUGCCAAUGGGCAUCCUCACCCUGACAGAGUGGCUGCUGGGAGACCAGGAGCAAGAGACAGCCACAGCAGAAGCAACUGGCCUGGAUGAAGAGGACUUCCUGUUUGAGAAGGGCGAUCUGAACCUUUGGGCCGAGCCUGUCCAGUGGGCACGGCUACUACACAGACACCUGGGUGUCCUCUUCAAGGCCCCAGGGUUGACGGCUCUGAACCAGAACCAGGCAGAGUUGCUCAGACUUUCAUCCCAGGCAGAGGCCCUAUCCCUGGCCACCCAGCAGGCUUUAGAGGGCCUCCCAGCCCUGCCCCAGUUUUCCUGCACCAUAGAGCAUGCCCGGCUGGCCCUACAGCAGGAGAGGGCCACACUGGUUCUGGCUAUACUGGGGACCCUGAGACAGACUGGUCUGUCAGGCUGAGGACCAGGGAAGAUCAAUGUCGGUCUAAGACACCAUAGCCACUAGUAAGUUAACAUUCUUGGUCGGUUUCCGGGGUCAAGACCAGAGUAAAGGUGGAUUUGGUAUUGUAGAUUGAACCAUCUCGAUAGAUAUUCAGGUUGGAGUUCUGUCAAGUCUUCACUUGUUAAGAUAACUGAUGGUGAAAAGGGGGUGGAGUAUGAUCUAUUAACCACAGUUAUGGAAUUACAUUUUUCAGCUAUGAGACAUCACUUAGUGCCUGGAAAUGCAUCAACGGUCUCGCUACUCCAAUACAUAUUUUGAUUUGAACAAUUAUGCAAGCAGUACACAUUUUAACGACUAACAUUUUAAUUAGCGGCGGUUGUAUUUGUUUUAGAAGGGAAUGUACUGCGGAAAGUGUUUAUGUUCGAGUUUUGUUUCUGUUUUUCAAAUUAAAGAUGCCUAUUUCAUGUGCCUCGUAAUUUUUGAAAACAACCACAGGGCGUUAUGUGUAUGUAUGUGUCCUCACAGCACCUUGUACAACAGGACUGAGCACUGAGGCUUCAACCUAUGUGCUGGGACAUAGUAUUCCUUUAGCUCUACAUGUGAAAAAGAACGCUUCAUGCACUGUUCUCAUAUACACUACACUGUAACAGAGAAAGGGAAAUGGCUAGUCAGUUGCACAACAAUGUAUUCAACCGAAAUGUGUUUUCUGCAUUUAACCUAACCCCUCUGAAUCUGAGAGGUGCGGGCUGCCUUAAUCGAUGUCCUCGUCAUCGGCGCCAGCGGAGCAGUCGUUGUUGGGGGGGUUAACUGUCUUGCUCAAGGGCAGAACGGCAAAUGUAUACACCUUGCCGGCCUUGGGGAUUCGAACCAGCGACAUGUAUACAGUGCACUCUACCCUACAUAAACAUUGCCUCCAAGGAUGUUGUGCACUUCGGACAUUUAGAUAAAAUCCACACAACACCCGGAGUCAUAAGGUCCUCAAAAACAGAAGCACCAACAGUGUGGUUUUAAUGGGGAGGAGGGAGUAAAUCUGUUGACAAUGCAUGGGGUUGCUAACGCAGAUGUUUACCCUAAAUUACACUCGUAAUUCAAUUUGUUCUGUUUACAGCUGUCCUCGGAUAUGUUGUAAGAGAGGUCAUUUUCAUAUAUUUAACAUGUUUUCCAGGUUUUUAUGCCCCCUUUGUGUCCUAGGUUACGUAAUUAGGAGGGCAAUACAAUGGUCCACUGUCCCGUGCCUGCGACCCGUGCAGACAGCUGGGCAGUCUCGCUCUGUAGUACUGGCAACGUUCCCUGUUACUGUAAAAAUUCUGUCAUGUUUUUUUUGGAACGCUUGGAACACCCCCCAAUAAAAACAGCACUGUGAUGGGGGAGUUUUUUGUUUUUGAGGAUGAGGACAUGAUCAAGGGAUUUCUCAAAACUACGAGGCUUGCCUUGUCAUUAGACUAUUUAUCAUAAACGCUUGAGCUCAAAUGUAAAGGUUCGUAGUAGCAGAUUCCAACCCGUUGUCAUUUGGUUUCGGCUGUUGCUAGUUGGCUUUUUUAUACCCAGCUCUCAGCAGCUGAACUACUCACAGUAUGACUAUUGAAUGAAGCACAAUGCACUUUCAGAUUUGGGCAAUUGGGAAAGACAUGGUAACUGGUGUCACAGAAACCUGCCAUUUUUGGUGAUACGUUUUCUACAGAAUUGUAACAUACUCCAAACAAAAAUAUAUCCCUUGUGGGACCCUUGUAUAGCCAUGCUGCUCUGAUCCUCAUUGCUAAUUAUGCAGUCUUUGUAUGGUGUGGCUGUGAACUUGGUUCAGCUCCAAAUUAUAGUAUUUUCAUUCUCACACUUUCAUAGCUUUCGGAUGGUGUUAGUGUUUUACAUCACACUGACAAAAUAGGCUAUUUUAAAUUUAAAUCAUGCCUUGCACCUCAGCAGGUGGCGCUCAAGUCUGUAAAAUCAUUUUGGGCGUUGCUCUCAGGGGGGGGCAGUGUUCCACUGCUUUUUUUUUCUUUUACAGAGAUUCACAUUCCUUCAGUCAAGUCUCGGUGCAGUAUUCUGAGGUUGUGUGCGGUUGAGCCACAGUAUAGAAUAGAUGGUUGAACGCUCUGUGUUUAACGAGAGGCUUCAAUGAGUGCUACUUUGAACUCGUGUGUCCUUGUUAUAUUUCAAUUAGCCAUCUUAUGUGUAAAUGAACUGUGCUGCACAACAAUUCAACUUUAUGCAAUGUCUAUUUUUUUAGUUGUUGUAAUAAGUCGGUUAUUUCACCAGGUUGGAGUGGAAAAUAAUAUUUUAUAAGAGACCAGGCACAGGGCUUCCCCAACCCUGCUCCCGGAGAGCUGUAGGUUUUCGCACCAACCCCAGUUGUUACUAACUUGAUUCCGUUUAUCAACACGCUAUAUGAAUCGGAUGCCCUAGAAAUUAGCGAUGGAGUGAAUCUAUGGGACAAUAGUUUUCCAAGAACAUGGUUUUAGAGCCCUGAUCUAGGGCAUACAUUAGGGGGUGUGGAUUAUCAUUAUGCAACCACUCGGGUACAAACCUAAACAACAACCAAAAGGCAUGCUGCGUUCAUUCAUACGAUGUCCCCAAACACUUGCUGUCCCUCUCAAACGUGCGAAACCGAGAGAGAGCGAGAGAGCAGUGGUCCUUACAGUUUACUUGCCUAAACGUGUACAAAAAAAAAUAACUUUUCCAGCAACUACUACUGUACGCUAUUGCUAGAUUCAAGCAUAGAGCUCCUAUUUAAUUCCCAGUAUUAGUAUUCUGACGACAAAUUCUAUGGAACUUUACACAAGUUCGUGGUGUGAUAGAAUUGUGGAGGGGUACAAUUUCAAGGCGGCCAACCAGUGACUGGAAGACGAUUGAAUACCGGGGGCGUACCCUGCAGAAAACUUUGCUACAACUUCAGAAAACUCCACCCACGCGAGCCACCGCGAAGCAUUUAUAUCCAUGUGCAGAGGGAAAGCAGUUAGUGAAGCAGUCUGGCUCGGCGCUUCUCUAAGGAAGAACCUGCAACACACAAGGAACUUUCACCUACUUGUUGAUUCCUCUCCAUCGCUGGAAUUGCACAUUCGUUUUUCCUUCUAACGCUCUAAAAAAAAAAAAAACAGUCGUGG